UCGGGUUUAGUAGCGUUAGAUAGUAAUGUCAAAGGGAAUGGCUAGAUUAUUUUCUUUUUGUUUUUAAUUUAGUAUUUUUGGGGCGCGAUUAGGUUUUUAUUUAAUCAUUCACUGUAACCGUGUCACCCAUAGAUAGGUCACGGAUUAAAUCAGUUCCAUUAGAGUUUAUUAUGAAUAUAUUCAUCAUGGCAGAGUUAUUAAAUUUUAGCUCACUAAAUCAAGACACCGGUACGGGAAAUCAUUGUUCGUUUUAAAGUUCUCACGGUGUCGUUCUCCCAUUAAGACUGACUAGAGGAGGGUUAUAAAAGCUACUUUUUUAAAAAGAAUUAUAAAGUGGUUUUUGGGGUUAACUUCAGUGUGACUUCCCCUUUUUUUCCGAGUCGAGACAUUCUUUUAGUCAACAUUUCAGACCAAAAGUCUCGUACACGUCAUCAGGACUCAUAAAAAACCCGUUCCGCUUUAUUAUCAAUAUUGAUAGUAAUAAUAAUAUACACCGUAUAAGUGUACUCGGCUAGCUUAGCACGCUAGCUAAUACACUCCAGCUAAUGUAGUGUUAGCCUGAGCGCGAGCGCCGCUUGCUGCUGCUGCUGCUGCUUCUUCUUCUUCGCUCCCUUCCUGUUCUUUUAUUUUUGUUUAAACGAUGUCGAACCUUAACAGCGACUCCACGAGCCUGAUCAAAGAUGUAAAGCCGGGAUCUAAAAACCUGCAUAUCGUCUUUAUAGUUUUGGAAAUAGGUCGCGUGACCAAGACAAAGGAUGGGCACGAGGUGCGCUCGUGCAAAGUGGCAGAUAAGAGUGGCAGCAUCGCCAUCUCAGUGUGGGAUGAACUGGGCAGCCUGAUCCAGCCUGGGGACAUCAUCCGCCUCACCCGGGGCUAUGCCUCAAUUUGGAAAGGGUGUCUUACAUUGUACAUGGGCCGGGGUGGAGAUUUGCAGAAAAUCGGAGAGUUCUGCAUGGUGUACUCUGAAGUUCCAAAUUUCAGCGAGCCAAAUCCUGAUCUGCUAGCCCAAGCCAACCAGCAGAACAAAACGGGUAAAGAACAGCGUGGAAACUCCCCACCUAAUCAAAACGCACCUCCUCCUAUUCAAGCAGGAAAUGGCACCAUGCAGACGUAUCCCAAUAAUAUCGCACCCCCAGCUGCCAACUUCCCAGCUCCCGGGAGAACAAAUGGCCGUGUUCCUGGAAACGGCCCUCCAUUGGCAGUCACUGUAGGACCGCCUGCACCUCCCAAACCGUCCGUCACCAUCAGCAACGGCAGGGACCCUCGACGUGCUUCUAAGAGAUGAAGCACACUCAAAACUUGAAUGUCUUGUUUGUUUUUCUUCUUCUCAGAAUAACUGCCAAUCAAGACACAGAGUCUAAUAUUACAGUGCAAUAAACUGAGUAUUGGCUUUGUCCUCUUUCACCUAGGACUGUUAGAGUAGAGUUUCUGAAGAACCAGCUCUUUUUUUUUUUUUUUUUUUUAAGAUCACAACCCCUUGUCUUGUUUUCCCCUUUUAUUCCAGGUCUCAACACGUGCCCUCAUGAUAUGGUGUUUCAACCAUCCACCCUUACUUGAACACUCAAUGCACUUUCUUCACUUAAUUUUUUUAAAGAAUUGCUGUCAAAGAAGUUCAGGAACGGUAAACUGCUGUCGUAAACGCGCAGACGGAGCCCACUGGCUGCCCUUUAUUUGUGUGGAAGAGAGGUGAAACCCUUCAGCCAACAACAUACCAAAAGUGACUGUGCGAGAGAGGUGAUGGUUCUAACACGUAGGUUUAUUUAAUUAGAAAUAAAACUAGAAAUUUAACAAAAGUUGUCCAAUUCAA